AUGUUUACCUUCAAUUGCUACACGAAAUUCGCCGACAAAGUCAUCACUACCGGAAACAAACGCUAUAUCGUCGAAGAGCAACUAAACGAAGUCAUAAACCCGCAGCUCGCCCAAUGCCAUGCCCUAACUCUAGCGCACGAUAUAGAGACUUCAAAUCCAAUUAUGAUCAAGAUUCGCUACGAGCAAGCCCCCCGUCUCCCUUCCCUCCUAAACCCUUCACCCAUCUAUAUUCACGACCCCUCAAACCACAAAAAUAUAACCGACGAAGACUUCCUCGACGAAAUCAAGGGUAUCUGUUACCUUAGCUUACUUGGACAUGGACCACGGUAUAUCACGCAUGUUACUGUCAGUGCAGGAGCGGAGUCCCCGUAUCCUGAGGGAAGGGUGUGUGUGCCGGUUACGGAUAGGAUUCCGGGGAGGGGGGGAAGAAAUGUGGGUGAGAUUCAGCGGGGGUUGUCGGAUGGGCAGGUUGUGAGUAUUAGGGUGCAGCUUGGGAAACUAGGACAGAUGAACAUCGUCUUGUAUAAUCAGGAUUUGAAUUGUCUGCGCUAUGAUGUCACGAAUGACAAGCUGUGA